CGAAUAAAUAUUGUGCUUACUCUGCACAUGAAGAAAUAAUUGCUUAAAAUAUUUCAUUUCAUUUCAUUUAUCUCACAAUUAACUGAGUUCAUUUUUGUCGCGUUUUAAACGAUAUCUUUAUAAAGAAUACAUUUCCAAAUUGGUGCAUCCAAACAAAUUUUUUACAAUUUUUACCAUGCAUUCUCUCUGAAUAGCGAUACAGUAGAGAAAUAUAAAAGUCAAAAAACUGAUUUGACCUACCAGACUUCAGAAAAAAUAUCAAAAAAAAAAGAUAGAGAAUACAUUUCGAAACUUAUAAAUCGAAAAAACAAAACUUGAAAAUUUUUUUUUUCAAGUUUUGUUUCCUUACUGUAUCGUCACCCAUAGAGAAUGCAUGGUAAAACUUAGAAACAAAAAUUUUUUUUGGAUUUACAAGUUUUGACAUGUAUUUUCUAACUGAAUUUCCAAUACAUAAUUUUUUUGUGGUUUUUCAUGACGAAUGUCGCUGGUCCUGGUGCUGAGACCUGUAUCACAGAAGCGGCAAGUAUAACCUCGAACCCAGUCACGUCUUCUUCAUCAAAGGCUUUGACCAAGUUGAAGUCUUCUGGGAGCAAAUCGAAACUCUUUCUAUUGUAAAUAAAUAUUUUGCUCACUAUGCAUAUGAAUAAAUAAUUGAUAAAAAUAUUUAAUUUCAUCUAUCUCACAAUUAACUGAUUUCAUUUUUUCGCGUUUUAGUCGAUAUCCUUAAUCUCGCAAAUCCAACAUAAACUAUUGAAAUGUCUAAUCUAGCGAGAUCAGCCCGGGCGUUUAAUUUUACUUAUUCUUUAAUUAAUUUGUUUUUUCAUUUAGCUCUUAAACUUGUUGAGUGCUGAAACCGCAUCAAGGUUUAAUUUUCUUUCUUUUUAUUGAGCCUUCACUUUGUGCUCGAAGCGUAUGGUCUCUUUUGUGCUGGAAGCGUAUGGUUUCCAACUACUAAUGUAUUCUGAGUGGAGAAACAUCGGGUUCAUUGAAAGACGCACUUGAAGACAAAACAAGUCAUGCAGAUGGGUGCAAUAUUUAUGAAAAAUCAUUUAUGAAUCUAUUCCAUGAGUAUCCUGGCAAAAGUCUAGUUCUGGAUGCCGUCUCAACCAUAACAAAUGUACCAAUUGGUGAUUGUGCUAAAAGAUGUGCUCAAUCAAGUGAUUUCAAUUGUGAAUCAUUCGAUUAUUGCCUAGAUGGUUAUCAAAGAAACGAAUCUAUUUGCUUCUUACAUGUAAAUCACAUUGAGAUUGAUAAAUCUCAUCAAAUAAAUGCAACAAACUGGAAGUUGGCUGAAUUUGGAUGUUCCCAUUAUUCAAAAAAAUCUGAACUUGAUUAUGAACAUAAAGUUGGACUGGCUUUGAAAGAUAAUACGAAAGAAUCAAUUGUUGGAACCUUUGACCAUUUAUCUUUAGAACACUGUGCUUCCAGAUCCAACUCAGAUCCUAAUUGUUUUACUCUCGAGUUUUGUGAAUCAGUUGACUAUGAUCGAGUUUCCGAUAGCAGUGUUUCAUUGACGAGCUGUUCAUUGACCAACUUGAAGCCAAGUAAUGCCAAUCAACUUGGGCUCUUUGAAGAAACAAAAAGCAACAAAAUUUGCUCAAUUUACAUAAAUCACAAUAAGAUCACAGGAAAAAGUAAAACUGGCUCAAAGCGAUCUGCAUUAAUAAUACCGUAUGAAUCACCAACUAAAUCAAACAAUUUGAAGAUAGCAGUUGGAUUGGGGACAAUAGUCUGUUUAAUGGCCUUUGCUGGUGGAUUCAUUGGAUUUAAAUUUGCUGCUAGAAAAGGAAUCAUUUCAUAGAUGAUUUU